AUGCCACCACUGAUGCGCACGAAGAGCUAUCACACACUUGUCUCUGAAGACGACUACGACCUUCCCGCCCUCGAGGGGUCCAAGAUACGACACUCGUGGGAUUUGACCCUUACCCGUGCCUCGACACCCGCACCUGCCCAUAUACCGGAUGAACCUCAAGAUCCCUUUAAGCAGACACCCAGAACUCGGAAGGCUAGCUUUUCGACACCUUCUAGGCCAACGACUGUAAUCCUUGGAUCCAGCGCAAAGCCGUUGCAGGAAAGUUCGGACAUGAGCGAUAGAACAUUGACGCGGAUGGAGUUGGAGGAGAAAGAAAGGGAACAACAGAAGAAAGCGUCAAGGGCGAUGAGACUGAAGAAGUGGAGUGAAGAUCCCGACUUCGUCGUCUUGUGCAGGACCUUUGAAAACACUCCUGCCGUCUUUUAUGAAUUGGACUCGGCGGACAUGGGAGUCAUGGGCAGCGUCCCAGAAGACCAAGAAAGCCACUCACCUUCCAACUCCCCAGGAUCAAACGGCUCUCCUCAUUCGCCUGGGCGCCUCCCCAGCCAGCGCAGCUCGAGAGCCUACCCUACUUGCACAUCCAACCUGACUCCUUCGGAUGUACGCAUGGUAGAAAGCGGGUUUGUAGGUGUUGAGAGGAGAAAGGAGGAGGGAACCGCCAUCAGAAUGGUCCAGAAAUAUCUGGAGACUGACAGUUACACGACAGCAAGAGCCUGGACGUCGCAAUUGACGACAAAGUCGAAAACUGACUCUACCCCCCCGUGUUCACCUGGGAUACCAAUCCCCGCUCGCUCGAAAGAUACAAUCGUCUCUGCUUCGUCGUCGACGUCUUCAUCCUCCUCGUCUUUCUCGUCUUCGUCUUCGUGGUCGGCUUACUCGUCGUCUUACUCGUCGCCCUCCCCUUCCUCCUCUGCCGCGCACCACACCCUCUUUUCCGAUGUCACGCCCACCAAAUAUACACCCACCCCACUCAUACCGACCUCGAGGAAACUAACUCCCACCACGCCCACGCCCACCUUAAGCACACAGAUCCACGGCUCACCCACGCCCACCAAACGGUCGAUUCUCAACUCAGCGUCUUCCUCCUACUCCUCCACCACCACCUCUGCCAGCAACGCAUCGAUCUACGAGACAAAACACAGCUCAAACUCUACCACUAGCGCAAAACAAAUCGUCAAACCCAUUCGGCCUUCUUAUCCAACUACCUUGGAAGGUUCGACUGACUUUUGGGCGCCGAAGAAUGAGUCUGUAAUACGCGCCAGCGCCACAGCUAAAGAUCGAGCGUCUCAGCUCGCUCAGAGGUCAUCGUCGAGCUCUGUACGUUCUAGCCGUCGCGAUCACCGUGAGGGGAACGUUGAAGGUGAUGCCUCGAAUGAUGUUGGGGCCUCAUCCAAAGCCAAUAACAUCUUUACGGCUUUCGAAUCGGAGGCGAAGCUUACGCAGGGGCUGAAGGGGAGGCCUGAGGUUGAGGAUACCUAUCUGAAGGCGAGUAUUAGUACGGACAGGUCUAUUUCUCCCAAGCAUUCAUCUCGCCCAAACUCGUUGAGGACGUCGGAUGAACCUAUCCAGACUGGAAGUAAUACGAGUAUGUCCAGAAUAUCUACGCCUUCAAUAUCUCAACUCACAUCCGCAGCAGGUUCGUCAUCGCGCCCUUCCUACUCGGCGUCUUCAUCGCGUUCUUCAUACCCGAAGUAUGAACCACGUGUUCCUCAAGCGCUGUCAGCGGCGAGGGCUGCAGCGAGAACGGCCAUGGCAGGCGCUCAUGACGUGGACAGUGUGGCCUUAGAAUGGGCGGACCUCACCAGGCGGCUUCGGGAUCAAAACGCUGGAGCCACACCGAGGAAGGAAGGCAUAGACUUGGACGAUCGCGAUCGGGCACGCCCCUCCCGCCCACAGCCUCGACCCGAGCCUCGUGUUGCUGAAAAAUCAACUCAAGGCGAUCGUGCUCGGACGAGCUCAAUGCUCUCUGUCUUCCCCACCACCACCACCACCACCACCACCACCACCACCGCCACGGCAUCCAGGAGUAACGUACCCAGCGCGCCCUUCCAGUCUACCUCCAAUCUUGCUCCCAUAAACGCCUUCAAAUCUGGUCGGACCUUCGAUUCCGGAUCAAAUAUUCAGCCACAGACCCAAUCCGGAACUCAAACUCGCACCAGCAGCUUCACCCGCACGCGUACCUUCACUCGCAUCCGUUCGCACACCGUGUCGGACCCGGUCGACACUAAAUAUAUUCCGGAGUCGCAACCAAACUCUGGAUUUGAAUCCGAAUUUGAGAAGGCCUUCCCAAAGCUCGAGAAGCAGCUCGGAAAGCUUACGCUCGAGGUUGAUGAUGACGAUGAGGAGUUCGCUGAGGUUUCGGCGGCUAGUACUCGCGCCGGAUCGGGGGUUGCGAGGUCGAGUGUAGGUUCGGGGAUUUAUCUACUCAACCAGGGAUCGCGUUCCCUUGAGAGGAGCUUGGAGUCGAAUGGAAGCGUGGAUAGUGAUGUUGUGAAAGGUUCCGGGGGUGGAGGUUUCGAUCAGGAUGUAGGAGUUGGAGUCGAGGAUACGGACGCCACAGGGCUUGCCCGCGCUGACGCUCAAUCUCAAGUUCUCCAACAAGCGAAAAUUCAGCCGCCUCCUCACGCCAAUACUCACACUUCCCUUAUGUCUACCAACACCGUCUCACCAGUUUCCCCUCCUCCAUUCGACCCAUCCGCUCCGGAUCCACUCCACCUUCGUCACCUUAAACGCCUCGAGGCCGAAGCUCUACGUAGGGAAGAAGCGGCAGAUGAGAAACUGAAGGGGCUUGGUGUCAGCCCAUCCAGUGGAAGGAGGAUUUUUCAGAGGACCAAGAGGUCAUCGCUUGGAGGCGGAAAUGUAAUGGGAACGGAUGGGUGGUGGGACAGUGAUGAUGACGGCGCGUUUGAGUCUGCGAUGCGAGGGAAUGACAAGACGUUUAGUGAGGGGCUGAAAAUGUCUGGCGAUGACAUAAAUGGUCAGGAGCACGAGGGCGGGGAUGGUGAUUUUGAUUGGGAUGAAGAUGGGGAUGGAGAGAAGACGGUAGGACCUGAGGAUAUCGUUGGGAAUCUGUCGGACCUGUAGACUGGCGAUCUGGAUCGGU